ACUCAACACACAUACCAACCAAGAGAAUAAGCACAAUCUAAAAGCCAUUAAUUAAUUAGCACAUCUUAAUUAUUAUUCCAAAUGGCUUCAAAAAUUGCUAUUCUCCUUUCCAUCAACAUCCUAUUUUUCACUAUGGUUACCUCAACUAAUGUUUGUCCUCCAUCACCCCCUAAAGUUCAAAAACCACCCCAACCACCUUCCACAAAACCCCCCCAACAACCUUCCCCAAAAUCCCCCCAACAACCUUCCCCAAAAUCCCCCCAACCACCUUCCCCAAAAUCCCCAACUUGUCCUAUAGACACACUUAAGUUUGGUGUGUGUGCUGAUUUAUUGGGUGUGGUUCAUAUUAUAAUUGGUAAGUCACAAUGUUGUUCACUCAUUAAUGGUCUUGCUAAUCUUGAAGCUGCUGUGUGCCUUUGCACUGCCCUUAAAGCUAAUGUGUUGGGAAUCAACCUUAAUAUUCCUAUUAACUUGAGCUUGAUACUUAACGAUUGUGGAAAGGGUGUUCCAAAGGGCUUCGUAUGCGCUUAAUUACUAAUUAGAGACACCACUUCAUUAUAUAGUGUGUGGAUUUUGUACUCUUUGCUACUUAAUUGUCAUUUUCUUAUGAAUAAUACUUUGUAAUGGUUUGAAAUUGCUAUGAAUAAUAUCAUUGUCGUGGUUUAUUAGUAUUGCUAUGAAUAAUAUUUUUGUGAUGGUUUA